ACAAUCUGUUUUACGACAUUAGCUAGACAAUGAGAAGAAAAACAUCAAGGUUGGGGGAGCAGCGGAAGUGAUGCACACAUUGAGUUUCAAUCUGAUGACGGACAUAAAAUCCCCAAUGAUGAUUAAAUUAACGUUUUAUGGAUUUAGAUUAUUAUUAUUUUUUUAAUCAGACUUACUUUGGUUAGUCUAGCGUACUCAUCUGACGUGGUUACAGUAUUUCGGAGCCGAAAUGAAUUGCGCAUCCUGCUACGGUAGGCUACAUGGUCAAGGUUUGAAUUUUAUGCAUGUAUUUGGAAGCGAUUGUGGUCCAGCAGAAUACAAAAAGGUUGAUGGGCAGUGCUGCCCAAUGUGUGGUAAAGGCUUGGUGGUCCGCAGAGAUUGUACAAUAGACUCCAGCACAUCUUGCAUACCCUGUAUCAGAGGGACCUUCAUGAACGAGGCCAAUGGUCUAACCAAGUGCUUUCCCUGCACUCCCUGUGACCCAGGACAGGGCCUGUUCACUCAGACAGAGUGCAAACCAACAAGUAACACAGUCUGCGACGUUCUAGAUGGAUACUACUGUAGAAGCUACUCAUCCAACUCUGAGUGUAACUUUGUAGUAGAACAUACACACUGUUCACCGGGCCAGAGUACUAAAUCACCUGGAACAAAGACAACAGAUACCAUGUGUGAGGAGUGUCAGCAUGGAUUUUACUCACAACAUGGUGUGAACUGCACUGCCUGGACUGAUUGUGCAGCAAUGGGACGCGUCAAGACAGAAGAUGGAAAUUCUAGACAAGAUGUUAUUUGUAACAAAGUGCCACCAAGGAGCCAUACCACUCUAAUAGCUCCAAUAUUAUUAUUAUUAUUAUUAUUAGUAGCUGUACUGUUUUGUUUCUACCUGGCAAGAGCUAAACGUAAGAAAGUUUCAGAGAUUGAUGAGAUCUGUAAGGUUCCUCAGCAAGAAACGGGACCUCAGCAAGAAACGGGACCUCAGCAAGAAACGGGACCUCUACAAGAAACGGGACCUCUACAAGAAACGGGACCUCUACAAGAAACAGGACCUCUACAAGUCACCAGUAACUCCCUAGUGGAAACAGCAGAGAAUGUGCCUGGUGAUGUUGUAACUGAUGUGGACUUUCAGCAUCCACUAAACUCGGAUGAAGUGCCAUGAAUGCAGGGGCGGCAGGGUAGCCUAGUGGUUAGAGCUUUGGACUUGUAACCGAGCUGACAAGGUAAAAAAUCUGUCGUUCUGCCUCUGAACAAGGCAGUUAACCCACUGUUCCUAGGCCGUCUUUGAAAAUAAGAAUUUGUUCUUAACUGACUUGCCUAGGUAAAAAAAUAAAUAAAAUGCAGGCAGA